AUGGCUUUUGAUCCAGAAAAAGGCCUUGACAAGGCAACCUAUUCAACCGACGAACAGGAGGUAAUUCCAGUCGACAACAAUGCCGCCAUUCCGCAAGAGACUGGUACGCUGGCCAAGCUUCGUGCCAUGGAGGCCAGCAUGGACAAGAAACUUGGCAUAGAAUCCGCAGCUAUCAGUCGCAAGCGCCCCGAAGAUAAAAGAGAUGUGCAUUGGGUGGAAGAGCUGUCGAUGGCGUUGCUGUGGGCGAGUGGUACAAUGAACACCUCCUGUUUUGCGACCGGCUUCCUCGGCUGGGAAUUUGGCCUGAGCCUGAAACAGUCAAUCUUGAUUACCAUCUUUACCUCGAUCUUGGCUGGGACGCUUAGCGGGUACUGUGCCACCUACGGCGCAGUGACGGGUUUGCGCCAGAUCAGCGUCAGUCGGUACAGCUUCGGUUGGUGGCCCAAUAAGCUCGUCGCCCUGCUCAACAGUAUCCAGCAGAUGGGCUGGGCCGCCGUCUCGUGCAUUACAGGAGGUCUCGCGUUAACGGCGGUGUCCGAUGGCCAUGUUUCCUUGAUUCUUGGGAUCGUCAUCCUGGCUGUCGUGGCACUGAUCAUCUCUUUCUUUGGCUUGAAGGCCAUUCUGAUCUACGAGAGAUGGGCCUGGAUGGUCUUCUUUAUCAUCUUCCUGAUCAUCUACGGCGAGACCGGCAAGUAUGCGGACAAUUCGGCUCCAGCUACUGCGACUGGCAUGACUUUCACCGGAGCCGUUCUCAGCCUGAUCGCGGUUGUCUACGGGUCUAGUGCUUCGUGGUGCACAAUGGCUAGCGACUACUAUGUCCACUACCCUUCCAACGUGAGUCGCGUGAAAGUGUUCUUCAUGACCACAUUUGGUAUUGCAAUUCCUACCUCGAUUGGCAUGGUGGCUGGCUGCUUGGUCGCUUCUGCUCUGAACAACAAGCCCGAGUGGAAGGACGCGUACGAGAACCAAGGACUGGGCUAUCUCAUCCAAGACAUGCUCUAUCCCCGCGGAUUCGCCAAAUUUCUUCUUACCCUUCUUGUCUUGUCCGGAAUCAAUGUCAACGUCAUCAGCAUCUACAGUUCCGCCAUUUCCUUCCAGCAACUUUCACGACCAUUUUCUCGCAUCCCUCGAUUCCUGUGGACGUUGUUCUGCUUCGUGUGUAUCCUCGCGUUAGCCAUUGGCGGUCGACAAAAGCUGAACACGUAUCUCCAAAACUUCUUGAGCUUGCUGGGAUACUGGUGCACAAGUUACGCCGUGAUUCUAUUCGAGGAGCACUUCAUCUUUCGCAGGGGAAAUUUUGAUAACUAUGAUUUGGAAGGAUGGAAUGACCCGGACAGGUUGCCGUUAGGUAUUGGUGCGGCAGUGGCAUUUGCUCUCGGGGUUAUAGCGUGGUGCUUUGGGAUGGAUGAGACUUGGUUCAUUGGCCCUCUUGCUAAAUUGAUUGGAGACUACGGUGGUGAUGUUGCCAAUGAGUUUACGUUUGUGGUGACGGCUUUGAGUUAUCUACCGGCAAGGUAUUUGGAGCUGAAGUAUUUUGGCCGAUAG